CGACCGUCGAACGAACAUAUGAAAAUCGAACACUGGUAUUUCUCGGUAGUAUCUCGGACCAGCAAGAUUAAUUUAAAAUAUAUAUAUAGAUAUAUAUUUUUGAUGUGAAUAGUUUAUAGUAAUAAAAGGAUAAUAACAGUGAAUUAUUAUCAACGAAUUAAAUCUUGAUCAGCAGACAAUUUUAAUAUACAAGAAAGAAAAAAUGUUUAAUUAGAUAUUUGAGACAAAUAAGUGACAUGACAUUCCUAAAAGUAUUAAUUUACAAUCUAAUGUUCAUCAUCGUGAAGGCUCUUUUUACUGAUAAAUGUUUGCCUUCCUCAAAUAUCAACCUAUUAUCGAAAACAUAUUACGACAUAAAGUUUGCACUAUAUAUCGACGACAAUAUUUUCUACGGCGAAUACAAUGUCAACAGUUAUAUUCCUUACAAAACGCAAAAUAUAUACUUUUAUACAGAAAAUCUGGGUAUAACUGGAGUUAUGGUAAUAAAUGAUACACAAAUAUCCGAAAACAAUGAGGGAGAAGUUUUUGCCCAUAAGCCUAAGGAAUUAAUGUAUAACACUGAAACAUAUAUAAACACAAUUUCUUUUCCAUACGAAUUAUCACAAGGAUGCUACAUUAUAAAUAUGAAAUUUAUCGGACUUUUAGCUGAAAAUGGAGGCUUUAGAAGUUUUUACAUCAAUAACUUUCUAGAACCUAAUAGAUAUUAUCAACAAAAUAAUGAAUAUUUUCAACAAAAUAAUAGAAUAUGGUUGGCUGCAACGCAUUAUCACAAAUUUGCAACUCGAAGAUUAUUUCCACUUUUGAAGGACAUUAAUAUAAAUACUAAUUUUAAAAUUUCUAUAAAGCAUCAUAUAAAUUACACGGCUUUAUCAAAUAUGCCCAUGCAGGCAGUAAAUAGAGACAAAAAUAAUAUGAAGUGGACUCAUUUUGAAAGUACUCCCGUAAUGCCCGAAAACAUGAUAGCGGCAGGUGUAGCUCCUCUCACCUCUACAUUAAAUAGAAGUUAUAGAGUCAUAUUAUGGUGCAGAAAAGGCGUGAUAUCCUAUUCGAAAUUAGCAUUAUUGGUUGCUAAUGGCCUUACGGUGUUGUUAGAAUCGAAAUGGCCAUACAUCAGAGAAAUUCCAGAAAUAAAUCAUGUCACUCUUCCAAAUUUGUUAGGUGAAGAAGAAGAGAUAAAGUUGGGAUUUGUUCUUCAUAGAGAAUCUGAUAUUAUUUUUAACCAAGAAGAUUCUGAGAUACGCAAAACUGAAAUAACACAAUUAAUAGGAUAUAAAGUGGCACACGAAUGGUUUUUCCAUAUAAUCGAUCCAUCUAAGUGGGAUCCUUGGUUAAGCAAAGGUUUAGCUACGUUCUUUGGAAUUUACAUUGCCGAUGAGAAAUUUCCAAAGUAUCAGGUAGAAGAUUUCUUUGUAGUUCAAAUGCAACAUGAUGUUCUUCAUUGGAAUACCAAGAACACAUGGCCGCUUAAAUCACGAUUUAAUAGUUCUUUUGAAAUUCCUCGUUUCAUCAAAGCAAGCAUUAUGUUUCGUACAUUGCAUCAUAUAUUUAUGAAAGAGAUAUUUCAAACUGGUAUCCAAGAAUAUAUACUAGCUCACUACACAGGCAGUGAUGAUUUCUGGAACAUUGCGCAAUCUAGUCUUGAUAAAUCAUCUGUCGAAAUCAAAUACAACGUAAAAGACAGAAUUGCUAAUUGGGGACAGUUAAAAUAUUAUCCUGUGAUAAAUGUGAAAAGAAAUUAUAAUAAUAACAGGUUGAAUAUAUCAGUAGAAAAUUUUGAUACGGAUAUAUGGAUAUAUAUGAACAUUACUACGCAAACGCAUUACAAUUUAAGAAAAUAUUUGCCUGCAGUAUGGCUAACACCACAUAUUUCUUAUCAUAUAUUAAAUAUAGAUUUUAUAAACAAGAAUGACUGGGUAUUGGUCAAUUUACAACAAAUUGGAUGCUACCGCGUCAAUUAUGACGAUGAGAAUUGGAACAGACUUUCGAAAUACCUGAACUCCACCUACUUUAAAAAAAUAGAUGUUCUCGAUCGUGCUAAAAUCAUCGAUGACACAUUUCAUUUCCUAAUGACAGGCCGAUUAAAUUUUACUGUAUUCUUGGAUAUUUCAUAUUAUCUAUGGCGAGAUAGAGAUUAUAUCGCAUGGUAUCCUAUGUUCAAAAAUUUGGAAUAUGUGUUAGGUUUCUUUGCAUUUCCAGAAAGCGCACCUAUAAAGAGAAUGAUAAUGCAACCAUUGAUUAAAAUUCUUUCGAAAAUAAGAUACCCCAAUUUUGAACGGUCUAAAAUCAAUCAGGGAAAAGGCUUCCUGACAUAUUUGAGAGAAGAGACUGCAAGAUGGUUGUGUAUUAUAGAUUAUACUGAUUGCUUAAUGAAAGCCUAUUAUAAAUUAAAAUCGUAUCUCUCAAAACGUGAUACAUUUUUAUCAAACACAAUUUGGACGGGAUGGAAAGAAUGGACAUUCUGCAACGGUUUGAAAACAGCGAAUAAUAAUACUUGGAUGAAAGUGUAUUAUAUGUAUAAGGAAGAAUUUAAUAAUGAUGUUUUAAAAUUUUUAGCUUGCUCUCAAAAUAACUAUAUCAUUAGAUCAUAUAUAAGAAUGAUGAGAUCUAACUUUAUUUCAAAAAUAGCAACUGUCCUUGAUUUAAUAAACACUUUUACUUCUAUUGUUGCUAGGCAUGCAAAGAAUGACACAAUAUUUGAUUUUAUAAUAAAGGAUUUGUGGCUAAUAAAACCCAAAGAAAUCAAUCUUAUUACAGCAUUAACUAUUAUUAUCAACCAUGUGUACUCUAAGGAACAAAUUAAUAAAAUAAAGAAAUACGUGGAAAUUAAUUUUAAGGAUAACCUAAAACUUGUGAUUAAUGAUGAAUAUCAUGAUGAAAACGACGUGGUAAUUAAAUCCUUGCUGCUUAAAGAGAAUAUAGAGAGUAUGAUAAUGUACAUAAACCGCAAGUUAGAACUACGUUGGCAUCAAAUAAAGACUCAGUUAUACGAAUUUCGAUAUCUUGCAACAAACUUGAGUGAUAUUUUAGAAAAGAACUUAAAUGAUUAAUGAAUCAAAUCAGGAAAAGAGUAUGAGAAACAAUAUGCUGGUGGAUGUAACUUUAUUGUACUUGACACAAGAAGAAAAUAAUAUACGAUACAGUAUAUUGAAUGUACGUCCAAUAAUAAUUACAACAGAAAUAAUACAACGAUACCAAUAAAAUAAUGUAAAAAAUAGAGAGUGAAUUACAUUUGUGACGCAAUGUACAAAAAGGAAUUAUAAAAGAAACAAAGGACAAUAAUAGUUACAACUAUCAUAAAAAAUUAUUAAAGAUUUUUACUACCCCAUUGCGCCGCUAGUUAUAAUUAACUAGUGGUGCAAUGGGGUGGUAAAAAUCUUUAAUAAUUUUUUAUGAUAAUUGUAAUAUCUCUAGAAAAUAAAGAGAGUAAAGAAAUGAACA